AUGGCGCAAGUGCGGGAUGCCACCUUCAACCCGUCUUCUCCCCAUUCAUCGAGUGGCGGCGCAGACUCGUGCAAACAUGACGGCACACCGGAGACCAAGCUCACUGUCUUCUCGCCCGAAGACAGUUCAGCCAGAUCUAACAAGCUGGCGACUGCCCGUAGCCUCAAUGGCCCUCCUGACCAUCCCGUCCAGCAUAAUAUCAAUCCCCCCGAGACCUUUGGCAUUCUGUCGGCUGCUGCAGAAAAGGAUCCCUUCGUCUCAAUCACGACUGUCCCCAGGGGCGAACAGAGAUUAUCGCCGACCGCCUCAGCCUUUCGGCCGGUCUCCGUCCCGGUUGUGGCCCAUGGCUCCUUGAACGUGCCGCCUGGUAUGAAUGCUGCCGGUCUAGGAGUGAACCGCCAGCUUUUCACUCCCCAGGCCACCGCCAAAUUCAGCCACGAGCUGGGAAUCUCUCGUUGCUUGGUGGUCUACUCAGCAUCCCAGCCUGUCAGUAUCGCGGAUGUUGGGGACUACCUUGCGAAGUUGGAGCGUCUCGGAUCGCCAUGCCAGGGCAAACGCAACGCGGUGUCGACAGAAGGCAAGAUCUGGCUUCAUCUCUCGAAUGUUCGGGACGCCCGCAAUAUUCACGACAACAUUCAACUCGGUUCUCCCGAAUGGUGUGCAGAGUACAUUGCCCCAGAUCAAUUCUACAGGGUUUGUCCUUCGCCAGCUCAGGCCGACCCAAUCUGCGACGGGAAGGUCCAGAUUACGGCCAUUAGUCAAGGCAUCGGCUUUGGCGGUACCCAUGUUGAGGCAGUCGUGCAAACCUUUCUGGAGACCCAAGGCGAGGUAUUCGCGUUCCUGCGAAUGAGCGAUUUUAAUGACCACACUUUUCAGGCCUUGGCUGAGUUUGCCGACGGCGACAUUGCAAUUGCGGUUGUUCAUAGAUUCAACGGGGUGACGCUCAACGGCGUCCACCUGCUCUUGACAAUGUGUCAUCUGUUCCACCCGGACGGAACUGCAGCAACAUACCGAUCGCGGGAGAGCCCCAGCCAUUCGUUCAACGCCUCUCGCAGCUCCGUCCUGAACGGGAACAAUAUCAUCCAGGGAAUGGGGCUCUCAGAUACCCCACAGCAGGCCAACGCCAGCAUUUCGGCUAGCCGCCUCGUUCAAUCCCCAGCUGGACUUCAUGCUCCACAGCAGUAUGCCAUGUAUCCCGCUGUCUGCCACGGCCUCCCCCCUGCUGGACCGAAUCGAUUCGUCGUUGACCAGACUCCGACACGUGGCCAGGGUGUUGCCCCUAUGCCGCCGAUGAGCCCCAUGUCCGGAAGCAUGCCCAUCAUGGCGCCGUUGUAUAACACCACCCCUCCUGCCACACCGAUGGCAAUGCAUGGCGGUUUCACCAGCCCGAGAGGCAUCCAGCCGUAUGGGCGCUUGGAUAGUCGUCGACAGAACGCCAUGCGUGUCCACAGGUCUCCUUACUACAACAAUGCCGGUCACCACAAUCACGUUGAUGUCAACCGCAUCCGGGACGGCAUUGAUGUGCGAACCACAAUCAUGUUGCGGAACAUUCCCAAUAAGGUGGACCAAGCGAUGCUCAAGCGCAUUAUCGACGAGUCGAGCUGGGGGAAGUAUGAUUUCAUGUACCUGCGCAUCGAUUUUGCGAAUGACUGCAAUGUUGGUUAUGCGUUUAUCAACUUUGUGGAUCCGUUGGACAUCAUCGACUUUGUCAAUGCACGGGGCAAUCAACGCUGGAACUGUUUCAAGAGCGAUAAGGUUGCGGAGAUUUCCUAUGCCACAAUUCAAGGCAAGGACUGCCUCGUCCAGAAGUUCCGCAACAGCUCCGUCAUGUUGGAGGCGCCUCACUACCGGCCCAAGCUCUACUACACCUUGAAUGGACCGAGACCCGAUUUGGCUGGCCAAGAGGAGCCUUUCCCAGAGCCCGACAACCAGUCAAAGAUGAAGCGUAGCUGUGAGAAUGCUGAGCACGUCGGGCUCUUCACGCCCAACGCCGGCCAGCACUUUCGCGACGAACAGCGUCGCCGCCGUUCCCAGUACGACCGAGGAACCAGGCUUGCCGCCCUUGAGGAGUACGACUACGGCGCGUCGCAUGGGCUCUUCAGUCCUCAGGGAAUGUGA